AUGUACAAUCCGUACCAGGGCGGCUACCAAGGCGGCUACCAGCAAGGUGGCGGCUUUCAAGGCCAGUAUGGAUUUCAGGGCCAGCAGCAGCAGCCGUAUAUGCAGCAGCAGCAGACCGGCUUUUAUCAGCAGAAUCAACCCCAGCAGCCUGGUCUCUUCCAAGGCCAGCAGACGGGCUUUCAACCUCAACAAACGGGAUUCCAGCCUCAGCAAACUGGGUUUCAGCAGCAAUUUCCCCAGCAGACCCCUCAAUUGAACCAGCAGGCCACAGGCUUCCAGCCUCAGCAGACUGGCUUCAACUCCGGCUACAACCAGCCCUUGACGGCUCAGAAAACCGGCUUUUCCGCCGCUUUGGGCUCCGUCACCGAAAACACCGAGUUGAAGAUUCCUAGCAUCCGUUUGUCCUUCAUCAGCGCCGAGGACCAGACCAAGUUUGAGCACCUCUUCCGUACCGCAGUGCCCAAGGGUGAGAACUCCAUCAGUGGUGACGGUGCAAGAGACAUCUUGUUGCGUUCCGGAUUGCAACCCGUCACUUUGGCGGAGAUCUGGACUCUUGCCGAUACAAACAAGCUGGGUGCUCUCUUGUUCCCAGAGUUCGCCUUGGCCUUGCACUUGUGCAACAUGUCCUUGAAGAACGAGCCAUUGCCUGGAGUUUUGCCUGAGCGCUGGCAGAACGAGGUGCAGAGUUUCGUCGAUGCCAUCAGUUUCGCCGUUCCCGAGGACCCCAACAAGAUCAUGGCCAACACCCCAUUUUCUACCUUUGCAGCUCCAAAGCCUUCUCAGAGCGACUGGUUGGACAACCAGCCCGUGAACCUGAACUUCUCUGGUAACGCGGCCCCUCCUCCAACCUCGUUUACGGCACAGCCAACAGGCGGUCUCAACUCGUUGACCGCUCAACGUACUGGCGGUGGUUCCUUCGUGGCUUUGCAGCCUCAGCAGACCGCUGGUUUGGUUCCUGCGCAGCCAUUGCAGUCUCAGAGAACUGGUCCACUCCAGCAACAGGCUACUGGCUUCCAGCAGCAACAGCAGCAACAGCAGCAGCCCCAGUUGACCUCUCAGCGCACUGGUCCUACCAACUUCCAGCCUCAGCAAACUGGCCUUCAGCCACAGGGCACAGGCUUUAACGGCUCUCAGGGUCUUCAGCAGCAGCGUACUGGUGGACUUCAGCAGCAACGUACCGGUGGUUUCCAGCCCCAGCAAACUGGCGGUUUCCAGCCUCAACAGACUGGCGGUUUCCAGCCUCAACAGACUGGUGGUUUCCAACCUCAACAAACUGGUGGUUUCCAGCCUCAGCAGACCGGUGGCUUGUUGCAGUCUCAGCCCACUGGUAAGCCUGGUCAAUGGGGUUUUGUUCACACUCCCACCGGUGGUAUUCCUGGUUUGAAUGCAAUGGAGCAGCACUUCUUGCCUAAUGCUCAAAUGAACACCAACAAUUUGCAGAAUGCUAUGGGAGGUUCAUUGAAGAGCAACGUGACUUGGGCUAUUACAAAGCAGGAGAAGCUGAUUUAUGAUGGCAUUUUCGGUGCUUGGGAUCCCGAGAGAAAGGGCUUCAUUCAGGGCGACACUGCCAUUGGUAUCUUCAACAAGUCAGGUUUGAGUAGACCCGACUUGGAGUCUAUCUGGAAUUUGUGUGAUGCUGGCAAUCGUGGAAAGCUUAACAAGGAUGAAUUCGCCGUGGCCAUGCAUCUUGUGUACCGUCGUUUGAACGGACUUGAAAUUCCUUUGAGAUUGCCUCCAGAGUUGAUUCCUCCUUCUGCCAAGUACUUGCAGGAUUCCGUGGAUUCCUUGAAGAAUCUGUUGAAGGGUGGCUCGAAGGGUAAGCCCCAGGCUGCCAAGCCACCUACUUCUGCAUCGAGAUUCAGAAAUAACGAUGAUGAUAUGGGAUAUGUGUCCAACUCUCGUCACCGCAGCAGAAGACCUACCGAGGAGCAGCCAAGUAGCGUUCAAUCCUCUAAAUCGCGUGACUUGACUACUGCCGACUUGAAGAAAUUGAUUAGAGAGAAGCAAAUUUUGUUAGAUGCCGUUAACUCUGAAGAUCAACACUCUUCCAUUGCCAACAAGCAGUCCGAUGAUUACAACAGCAGAUUGAUUGAAGGCUUGAAGACUCAGAUCAGAGACACAGAAUCUAAAUUGAGCAAGGUUUCCCUUGGAGGCUCCCAAGAGGAGAAGACCCAGCUUUUGGAGAAAUUGAACCAUUUCACCAAGGACAAGGUUCCUAGUUUGAUUCAGAGAAUUCACAAGGUUAACCAGGACCUUGCCAGGACCAAGACAGAGGUGGCUAAGGCCAAGUUGAAGAAGGAGUACCCAGAUUGGACUCCUGAGGCUGGUGAUUCUGAUAUCGUUGGCACUGGUCCAAACGGUGAAGUGACUGAUACUGAUAGAAGAAAGCACAAGUCCAAGGCGCUUUUGAGACAGCGUAUGGCUGCCCUCACUGGCAAGUCGGUCUCUGACGGUACAAACAAGGAUGCAGACCAAAAGCUCAAGCAAAUCUCUGAGAAUGCCACCAAGGAAUGCGAGAGCGAGUCAUCUAUGAUCAAGGAUAUUGAGACAAGCAUCAAGGACUUGGAAGACGGUGCCGCCCUCCACCUUCAGGUAUCUGUAAAAGACCAGAGUGGCAGCGAGAAAUGGGAAAGUGGUAUUGGCGUGUCGCACGCUGUGAAGGUUUUCCUCGAUGAGUUGAAGCAGUUUGAGCAAAAGCAAUCGAAGCCUCAAGGACUGGGUGGAGAUUACUUCUCAGGUUCCAAGCCCGCAGCCCAAACCGCUCCAAGUCUGUCAUCGUCCAGAAGCAGUGCUGUUUCUUCGCCAGCUGCCCACAAGACUCCUGAAGAGAGACAGGCCUACAUCAAGGAGCAGGCUCAGAAGAGAAUGAACGAGAGAUUGGCUAAAUUGGGUCUCUCUCGUAAGGGUCAACAAGCCUCUCAAGGUGAGGCUUCAUCUCCUAAACCAGCAUCACCAAAGCCAGUGGAAACACCCAAGGCUCCUGAACCGGCUCCUCCAAAGCCAGAGCCUCACCAGCCAAAGGAAGCACCAAAGGCUCCUGAGCCUGAGAAGCAAAAUGAAUCGAGUGAUGACGAUGAUGAAGAGUAUGCUGCCUUACUCAAGCAGAAGCAAGAAUUGGAGGCCAAGAAGCUCAAGAAGAAGCAGGAGAAGGAAGCAAGACUUGCCAAGUUGAAGAAGGAGAUGGCCGACAUGGAAGGCUCUAGCGAUGAAGAGGCUCCAGCUCCUGCCAAGGCUUACACACCUAGCAGCAACAAGGCUACUCCUGCCACUGAAGCUCCAAAGGCUCCUGAGCCACCAGCUGAGGCUAAGCCAGAAGAGCAUAAGCCAGAAGAGCCUAAGAAAGAGGAAUCGAGUCAGGCUGCUAAUGGUCCUCACAAGAGCAAUCCAUUUGCCAGGUUUGGCACUGACGCCAACAAGGGUGCUGACAAGGCGGCAGGAACCCCAGGCUCUGCUCAGAACACCAACCCCUUCUUCAAGUCCCAGCAAAAGCAGGAACCUGUUGAUCAGAAACGCAUGGAGGCACAAAGAGCCUCCCAGAGAGGUUUGGGAAGUGAUGACUGGAGUGACGAGGAGGCAAACUCCUCCGAUGAUGACGAGCCUAACAGAGCUGGUGCCGCUAAGUUGGCCAGUUUGCUCUUUGGUGGUAUGCCUCAGCCGGUGACCAGAAACCCAACUGGAAACCCCGGUGCCCAAGAGCAGAAGGCCCCAGAACCAGCACAAGCUCAAGAGAAGCAAGCUGAGCCUCAGGCUCCACAGCAGCCUCCUCUGGCUCCUGCUGAAGCGCCUCCAGCUCCUGUGGAAGCUCCCCCAGCCCCUGUUGAAGCUCCUCCUGCUCCUUCUCAGGCUCCUCCUGCUCCAGCUCCCCCUGCUCAAGCUCCUCCCGCUCCAAUGGCUCCUCAAAAUGACGACGAGUCAUCUGAGUUUGACAGCGACUCCACCGAUGAGUUUGCAACACCUUCUCCACCAAGCAGAGCUGCUGAUCUCGGUGCUGAUGAUGUGCCUCCAGUUCCUGGCCAGGCGCCUCCACCACCAAUUCCUCAGGAGGCUCCUCCAGUUCCAUCUGCUGUCCCACCUAUUCCACAAGAAGCACCUCCAGUGCCACUGCAGGCUCCUCCUCCACCAUCGGGAGGUCCUCCUCCACCUCCUCUUCCUGAUCAGGCUCCGCCUGCUCCUUCAGGUGGUGCUCCCCCACCACCUCCAUCGUUCCUUUCGAGUCCUCCACCUCCACCUCCAGAUCUUGGAGGAGCAAAGGCGGCAGGACCACCUCUGGGAGGUGCACCAAACAUCGGUGCUCUCUUGGGACAAAUCCAGGGCGGAAGGUCUCUUAAAAAAGUUGACGAUAGUCAAAAGAAGAUUGCCGAUGGUGCUACUGUCGGUAGAGUGCUUUAA